AUGCAGCCUGCUGGAAGUAUAAAAGACAUCGAAUUCAUAGGAACUUCUAUUGGACUUCUCGUCAUGAUGUAUCCCAUCCUCUGCAAGAUCCGUUAUGAGUCGCUCCAUGAGGUGGCAUCAGAACGCGGCCUGUGGAAGCAGCUGGCCUUCAGUAUCUGCAUAAACUGGGUUGUGACACCGCUGUUUAUGGUUUUGAUAUGGACAGGCCUGGCUGGUGGCAACGCAGAAUACUGUGCCAUUCUUGUGGCCGUCAACUCGCUUUUGCAGAUCGUGCUCUUCGCGCCGCUCGCCAUCCUCUUCAUACGCGUCAUCAGCCAUGAUACGGGCGCAUCCGCCGUGUCCUACUCCGUCGUUGCAACCAGCGUGGCGGCCUUCUUGGGAAUCCCUCUGGGCGCCGCCAUGGUGACCAGAUUUGGCCUGCACGCCAUUGCCGGACCAGCCUGGUACGAGCGUGUGUUUCUUCCGGCUGCGGCACCGUGGUCGCUCAUCGGCCUGCUGUAUACGAUCCUCGUGCUGUUUGCAUCGCAGGGACACGCCGUUGUGCACCAGAUCGUCAGUGUCGUCCGCGUGGCUGCCCCGUUGAUCGUCUAUUUCGUCUUGACCUUUUUCGGUACGCUGUGGAUCACAUACCGCCUGCAUUUUGGGUAUGCCCUGGCGACCGUGCAGAGCUUCACGGCUGCCAGCAACAACUUUGAGCUCGCCAUCGCCGUCGCUGUCGCCACGUUUGGUCCGGACAGCGACCAGGCACUGGCAGCCACGGUUGGACCGUUGAUCGAGGUGCCGGUGCUACUUGCGCUGGUGUAUCUGGUGCGGUGGAUCGGCAAUCGGUGGAAAUGGGAGCCGUGA